AUGUUGACCGUGCGUGCGAUGGACGCCUUGCCACGUUCCGCAUCAUUCGGUUCGGAGAGAGAAAGUCUGAUGCGGCAACCAUCCGCUGAAGAUCUUGACGCUGCUCGCCAACUUGUGUCCUCCGCUCGUGGAGAGCGUACUGGGUCACACAUUGUUCAUGACGGUCAUCUGAGCGAUACCGCCACCGACAGUGCUCGCCUGAAUCAGCUAAGUCCGAGGGUCGAGUCUCAUGACCGCCCGCGCUCAGCGAGUGAACUACCGGAGCAGAAGGAGGAUAUCAGUGGUCUUGGUCAAGUUUGCAGCAACUGUGGUACGACCAAGACCCCUUUGUGGCGGCGGUCCCCGGCUGGGACAACGAUAUGCAACGCUUGUGGGCUCUACCUAAAGACGCGCAAUACUCCAAGACCCACGAAUUUCAAACGUCCGAACCCAAGCACUUCUGCCGAGAGUCCUUACCAGGCAGACCGAACAUCGCCAGCAGCUGCAACGUCUCCACCCCCGGGACAGACCCAAGUGCCAGGUAUUCCUUACCGAGUACCAGAGCACACGCCAGGCUCCUGUCCCGGUGGUGGCAAUUGUAACGGGGCGGGCGGUGCUGAAGGAUGCGGAGGCUGCCCAGCAUAUAACAACAGAGUCGCAAGGUCUACCAACGCUUCCACCUUGAUCAAUUCGGCUUCCAAUCCACCAGAGAGCGAUCGGCAGAACAAUACAGGUCCCGCCACCCCUAGUCAAUCUGGUCCUACCGGUACGCCUGUGCCGCAGCCUCAGCCAUCCACGGACAAUGUGUCGCUAGUUGUCGCUUGUAAGAACUGUGGCACAACAGUGACUCCUCUCUGGCGGCGUGACGAACACGGGCAUCCCAUUUGCAAUGCAUGCGGUCUGUAUCAUAAGCUGCAUGGGUCGCAUCGGCCCGUACAAAUGAAGAAGUCCACCAUCAAGAGACGGAAACGAGUCGUGCCGGCAUAUCCAGACGUUUCUCGAUCGGACGGCAAUGCCUCGCAGAAAACGGUGUCGGCCUCCCCUGAACCAGUAUCUCCUGAGCAAGACUAUCAUGAUACCCUGGGCGAUGAGUCGCCUGCGCCCAAAAGAAGACGGCCCCCACCAACCGUGGACUAUACAGGCUAUGUGCCUGGCCCGCCUGCAGGGGAUGCUCCACGUAGUGCACAGCAACCUACUGAGGACUACACCGUGCAAGCCCGACUCGCGGCGGCUGCUGCAGAAGACAUGCAACUUGACCCGUCAUUAGCCGAUACCGGCCGACGACAACAGGAGCCUACGCCGCGACUGAGUGAAGCUCCAGCUCCGGCUCCGGUUCCGGCUUCUACCGCUACUCCUGCAAACGUCGCCAUUACCGAGUCCGAACGUGAACGAGAUCGUGAGCACUGGCGAUCCGAACGGCGGGCCCAGCUCAUGCGAGAGGCCGAGAUGAUGCGGGCCGCACUGCGGGCGAAAGAGCGCGAGAUCGAUGACCUGACGUGA